UGCACAAGUUGUCCAUGUCGGGAGAGUGCACCGCGAGUCCAACCUCUCCGCGCAAAGGGAAAUGCUCUGAUCUCGAGGCUUAGCGGACGCCCCCCAGCAGGUUACGGACAAGUCUCCCGUCGCCAGCACCGUCUUUCAUGCACCGGAGGCGGCGUCGCCAAGCGUCGAGGCAUCGAUGAAUUUCCCCGGGAAACUGCCGCGCGCCCUCCUGCUGCUGCUGCUCGCAGCGCAAGGCUGCUAUUCAUCCAAAGGAGAGGACAGAUUAUUUCGGAGGUUGUUCCGCAGGUACAACCAGUUCAUCCGACCAGUGGAGAAUGUAUCUGAUCCAGUCACAGUGGAGUUCGAGGUCUCCAUGUCUCAACUGGUCAAAGUGGAUGAGGUGAAUCAGAUUAUGGAAACUAAUCUGUGGCUGAGGCAUGUGUGGAACGACUACAAACUGAAAUGGGCCCCGGUUGACUAUGAUGGAAUUGAGUUCAUACGAGUUCCUUCCAAUAAAAUCUGGAGACCAGACAUUGUUUUGUACAACAACGCUGUAGGUGAUUUCCUUGUGGAAGACAAAACCAAGGCUCUGCUGAAAUUUGACGGCACCAUCACCUGGAUUCCUCCGGCUAUUUUUAAAUCCUCUUGUCCCAUGGACAUCACCUACUUCCCCUUUGACUACCAGAACUGCUCCAUGAAGUUUGGCUCCUGGACCUACGACAAGGCCAAGAUCGACCUGGUGCUCAUUGGCUCAAAGGUGAACCUGAAAGACUUCUGGGAAAGUGGAGAGUGGGAGAUCAUUGAUGCACCAGGUUACAAGCAUGACAUCAAGUAUAACUGCUGUGAGGAGAUCUACCCGGACAUCACCUACUCCUUCUACAUCCGCCGCCUGCCGCUCUUCUACACCAUCAACCUCAUCAUCCCCUGUCUCCUCAUCUCCUUCCUCACAGUGCUGGUCUUCUACCUCCCGUCUGACUGUGGCGAGAAGGUCACCCUGUGUAUCUCCGUCCUCCUCUCCCUCACCGUGUUCCUGCUGGUCAUCACAGAGACCAUCCCUUCGACGUCACUCGUCAUCCCUCUGAUCGGCGAGUACCUACUCUUCACCAUGAUUUUUGUCACGCUCAGCAUCGUCAUCACUGUCUUUGUGCUGAACGUCCACUACCGCACCCCCAUGACUCACACAAUGCCGGAGUGGGUGAGGGCCGUAUUCCUCAGGGUGCUGCCCCGGGUGAUGCUGAUGAGGCGGCCUAUCGACCAGGGCUGCUCCUCCCCUGCUAUUACAGCAGGGACAGGAGGAGGAGGACAAGCAGGGAGCAGAGAAGGGAAAAAGAAGAGAAAAAACAGCAUAGGAGGAGGAAGUAGCACAGGAAGUGUGAUUAUUGGCGGUAUUACCGGGGGUGUGGCCUGUCCACCGCUGGAUUGUGGCGCGGGAGGAGGAGGGACCUCCUCAGCAGGUGGUUCCAUGAACUGUGUGGAGUACGGCGAGAUGAACCGUGACAAGAAUCGAGACAUGAACAGGAGGUGUCCUUAUAGAGGCAAGGAGGUACCGACUCCUGUCCCUCCCUCGAUGGUACCCCCUCCUCCUCCCCAGGCGCCCCAGAACCAGGGUCCACAGGAAUCUGAGCUGCCCAAACUGCCCAGACCCCUGAAUGCAUCGUCACCUGUCAACGCUGUGGUUGCCUUCUCUGUGCUGUCACCUGAGAUCAAGCAGGCCAUCGAGAGCGUGAAGUACAUCGCAGAGAACAUGAGAACUCGCAACAAGGCCAAAGAGGUGGAGGACGACUGGAAGUAUGUUGCCAUGGUCAUCGACAGGAUCUUCCUGUGGGUUUUUGUGACAGUGUGUGUGCUGGGAACUCUGGGACUCUUCCUCCAGCCGCUCAUCAGCUUCUUUAAAUGAAACACUUGUCUUUGCUCCGUCUCUUUCUCUCUCUCUAUCUCUCUCUCUUUGUCUACUUCUGUCCAUCUCCGUAACACACUUGAAUUAGUAUCGGAAUUAUCCUUCCUGCAGCUCCUUCACGUCAAACACUGGACUGUCUUCUUUCUCCAUUUCUGGCUUAUCUCUCUGACCCGUGUCUGUCUCCUGCUCUUCUCUGGGUCUAUAUCAUCCACCAUCAUUUCUAGCGCUCAGAUGUGUUUCCUCAUAUGACUUAACCGCAUUUCCCCAUCCCUCCCCCUUUCUUGCCCUGUCAAUAUGCAUGCAACGAUGUUAUGCAGUCUUCUCCUCUCAUUCGCUGUUGGUUUCUUUCCGGAUAUUUUUUUAUCACAUCUGCACUCCUCCUUUUCUUACUCUGUUUUUUCUCUUCUUUCUCUCUCCUUUGAGACUUGCCUACAGCUUGUCCCCCAUCGUGCUCACACUUCUCUGAAUUUACAUCCUCUUUUUAUUAUCACCAUUAUUAUAUCCUUUAUUUAACCAGCCAGGUACUGUAGUGUCAUUGAGGUUUCUUUUUUAAGAGUGAUCUGGCCCAGAGAGCAGCACAAACAAUGUUACAGCAAUAAACACUAACAAUGAGACAAAGAGACAAAUACAACUGUCACACACCAUAAAUGAGUAAACAUAGUAUCCAGUUAAAAUGCAUUUCUGGAUCAAUUUCUAAAAAAGAUAAUUCUAAAAUGAAAAUUUUGAAAUGAUCACAAUGAACAAGCGUCCGAAAUCCCUGAUAAUAAUCAUCUCUGAAUCUUUCAGGACCUUCUGAACAUUACUGCAGGGCUAAGGGGCAGCACAUUUAAAGCUUUAUUUAAUUAUAUUCUAACGCUGGGGACCAACAUUUGUAGGAUAUUGUGAACGCAGGCCAUAUAUUUUCACAUGUAUACACAUGGAUGUCAAAAAUUUGCCAUCUAGCAGAUUUCCACAGCCAUUGAUAAAAUGUAAAGCACAAUGGUAUACAUUAUGUAUCCAACAUCUUAAAGUACUGGUUACGAUUAUUCAUAGACAGCACAUCACCGCAGUGCAAUAAAUAAAUUGUUGAAAUCUGUUUCCGAGGAACAGGAUUUAUUGAACAUUGUCUUCUUCAAUGUAUCAAAUUGCCAGGUAAUUAUUUAAAAUUGUAACUAUUGUAGAAGAACAUGUAAUCACUUAAAAGAACAACCUCAACACCUUCAUGCAUUUUUCAGUAGCACUCUGCCAUUUUAAGUCACUGCAACAAAGGCAAUACACAUUUGAGGACCGUGGACCAGUAUGUCCCUUUAUAAUUUCUAGAUUAAAGAAAACGACGUAACUAUUUUUUGAUAUCUGAUAAUGGUUUGUUCAGUAUUGUGAUGUAGGUAAGGUAAGGUAAUGUAAGGUAUUUGAUGGCAGCCAUAUUUCUCUUCAGAAUGGUUUUCUUGCUUGUCAAAUCAUCUCUAUAUUUCCCUGUACAUACAUUUGUAAAAUAUAAGUUAUGCAUGACUUCAGAGAAGGAAACUAUGGCUGUACACCCUUCAUGGUGAUGAUGAGGUAUUUUUUCACGUGGCCACACACAAGUAUAAUUAUGCACCGCACAUAAAUUCAUCACCGUAUCAGUACAAACUUACAAUGUAGAGAUGAAACAGUGUACAAAUUUCAUAUGUCGAUUAUUGAGACAAACGCAAUCACAGUUAUCAGAAUAAUCGCAGUAUUGCCUAGAUGUGCUGAAGGUUCUGACACACAAUCUGAAGUAAUUUCACCAAGUUUCAUAUUUGAAUAAUAUAUUUAGUACUAAUAAAAUUAUGAAUAUAUCCAACACCACAUCAAAUGUGCACAAUUAACAUUAAGGGAAGAAAGGCUGUCCAUACAGAACCUUUUUCUUUUAAAAAAACAACACAACCACUAUAAACAAAGCAGUUGGCAUAUAAAAGCAAUACAACUCUAUGUAAUAAAAUCCAUCCAUGUCUAAUGUUGAUGAUAUAGAAAAUCACAAGACUUCGUAUGAGUUCACCGAUUGACUGAGCUUCAGACAAAUACUAAUAAUGAUGUCACACAGUUAGGCUGGGAAAUCGGGGGAGGGAAAGUGAACUGGUUUGAACAGCAGUGUUUCCUCUACCACUGUCUUGAAAGAAACCAAAGGAAAAAAAUAAGAUUUAAAAAAAAACCAACCUGAUUUCUGUUUCACUCAGGAUAAAAUAUCAGUUUUUGUUAAACACAUGCAAUGCGAGCAGCAGUUGCUAGUGGUGGUUACAGUACUACAGCAGCAGCUCUCCUGUUGUCCCAGUCCUUCUGCUGUGGUUUUACUACACAUAACAAAUCCAAUGGAGACCCACCUACUUUGGUUGAUAUCAACUUAACUGCAACGGUAAUUACGGCAAUUAAAGGUUGAAGUGGUACUACUAACCGUCAGGAAUUUCACCAUGGUUUACCAUUGAUACCGGUAACUGUUUCAUCCCUAUCACAGUGUGAAGAAACUCUUUGAAUUGCACAAUGUAGAUUAAACUUGUAAAACGACCUAAUGGCCAAACUGUCUCAAGUCAUUUCUCCCAAUAAAGAAGUUCCUGGACUCAAA